UCUAACUCAAAGAAAAGAUCUUUACCAAUGACACCUGGCACGGUUCUUUCUAAGAGCCAGAGUCCUUCUACUUUUGAACAGAAAGAACUCAUGAUGAAGGUUCCAUACGCCUCUGCGAUUGGAUCCAUCAUGUACGCCAUGAUAUGUACUAGACGUGAUGUCUCAUUUGCUUUAACCGUGACCAGCAGAUACAGCAGAUACCAGGGAAGUCUAGGAGAAGCACAUUGGAAGUACAGCGGUCAAGAACAUCCUCAAGUAUCUUCGCAAUACUAUGGAUGCAUUCCUGGGGCCAUUGCACAAGCAAAGGAACUGCGAUCUCACCAGAAAACCAAACACAUUGUACGACGCUAUCACAUUAUACGAGAAAUAAUAGACAGAGGAGAUGUGGUUAUUUGCAAAGUGGAUACUGACAACAACAUAGCCGACCCCCUGACCAAGCCUUUAGGAAAGCUAAAGCCUGAGGGUCACACUAGGUCCAUGGGCAUUUGACCAAUGCCAGAUUGGCCAUAGUGCAAGUGGGAGAUUGUUGGAGUUGUGCUAUGAUGGCCAACUAUUUAUCGUUAUUCUAUCAUGUAUAUGCAGCUAUAAUAUGUUUACACAUGUCAUGCUAAUGUAAACAAAUAUUAUAUUCCUAGAUUUAUAUUUAAACAUGUUUAUCAGAUAGUGUUAUUCUGCUGAUGAGACUAACAUUUUGAAGUAAAUAUUUAUUUGAAUGUCCAUAGUCGAGUAUUAACGAGAGUGGGAUAUCGUUAAUGCAUGUCAGACUAGUGUGUGUUGGAUGUUUGACUUAGUCUCAUAGUCAAUGACGGUGUGUUUGCAUCCGCACAUGGGCAGAUAUUAUCUAGAGAUAAUAGGAUGCCGGACUGA